AUGCUUUUGAGGCUCAGUCCUUUCGCCAAGCAUUCCCAGUCACUGGUUCCCUCAACACCUUCCUCAUCAAGUCACCCUACCUCCCCUCUGGACGUCCCUGAACUACUACAACACAUAUUUUCCUUCCUCAACCAACGUGCACUCAGGACCGUUCUCCUCGUCUGUCGAAAAUGGCUCUAUCUCAACCAACACCGUCACCAUCGCGAAGUCAUCUGGGACGUCUGCUGGGAGCACUCUUCAUCCUUCAAGACCCUCACCCGACUUGACGGCGCUGAACGUCUCGUCCUUAACCAGGAGCAGCUCAGCUGGAACAGGGCCGACCUUCGAAUUAUCCUUCACAGCAUCCAGGCCGCCAAAGGAUACAAUCCGUUCGUACUUUUAGGAACUGCUGUCGAUACCUUGGUCAAGACUGUGUCGAGAUCACACCCUAUCAAAGGAUUUAUUCAUCCUCUUCGCGAAUUGGUGUUUUCUUCGAGCGAAUUUAGGGAUGGAUGGAUGAAUUCACUCACCUUCCCAGAGACCUUGACAAGUCUGAAGAUGGACAAGUUCUGGGGGUUGCAAGUUGAUAUCGCAAGGAUCCUUGUCGUCUGUCCCCUCCUAGAGUCUCUGGAAUUGAAUAGUUCCUACAAUGUUACUGUUCAAGGCCCAUACACCGAUCAAGGCAAAAAUGCUCUCCCGGCUCGUCUACCGCUCCGAUCCCUAGUUCUCACGAAUCUUAAUGCUCCACAAUCCUGGCUCGAGGAUCUGCUCACUCUUACACCCAACCUCGAUACCCUCAAACUCAUUGAACUCGAAAAGUACAUCUACGGAGGCCUUUCAAGUCCAAAUUAUCAUAUGGUGUUUGUUACAUCUCUGCAGAUCUUGACGAUAUCCACCGCGGGCCGCUACGCCAAUCGUACUUGGGAAUGUUGGGACUGGGUCCGAUUUCGCACCCACCUCCAGUCGCUCUCGCUUCCCCGCAAGCAACUCUUCUACGGGGAGUAUUGGCGCCACGGUAACGACCUCGUACCACUCGAAGCCGACCUGACCAUCUGUCCCAAAACGCAAGACCGUACCUUCUUCUACUACAACUUGACGCCAACAGUGCUCACUUUUUUGAAGGAACAGCCGGUCUUCCUGACGUCGCUCGAGAUUCUUCAACCCAAGUAUACGGGCUGUGUUCAUGACGGAUGGAACCUGCACAACAAACUCCUGUACACAGCCCGACCUCUCCACCAACUACUCUGCGAGUGCCCCAACCUUCGACACCUCAAGACACUAAAGAUGCACUACAUGACUGAUUUCAUGGACGUGCAUCGGCGCAUCCCUAUAUAUCCCGUACUGUCAUCAACCGACCAGGGACAGGAGGGGUGGCUAGAGGAUGUACAAGAAGCUCUACCCCCAAACAACGUGCCUGGGAUCUGGAUCUGUCGCGGACUGGAAACACUCCACUUGGAACUACACGUGCACGACCAGGCUAUCGAGAAGGGCAAGCACCGUUCCAGGAUUCUCUACGGAUACAUCGCCACUGUCUGUCCACAGCUCAUCAAUCUUCGGAUCCGAUUCCCACAUUUCUGCGAGUCCCUAAGUAUAAAAAGCUGGCCGUCCAAAUACGAGCCCUAUGUUCUGGAGGGAGGGCUGUGUUUACUUUCGAAACUCCAGCACCUGGAGCGUCUUUGGAUCUCGCACGGGAUCUUUGUCUGUGAGAACCCCUCGGAGUUGAACUGGUUGGCGAAGUUUGGGAGGACGGAGGAGCAUCGGGCAAGGAGGCGAGAGAUUGUUGAUGGGUGGGGAUCUAGGCUGAGAGGGGAGGCAAUGUUGGAGGCAGAUCGUUUCGAGAAAUGUGCAGGCAUCGCGGGUGAGAUACUUGGUGCAAGAGCCUUUGAUGAGGAGGUGGUGACGGGAUUGGAAAAUCUAGGUCUUCUUCAGGACGUGGUGAAUACGGUCGCAGAGAUGGAUGCUGACGAGUACAAGAUAUUACCGGAGCUGUUCAAGAUUGCUUGUGGUGUUCACCAUGAGCGGAACCCAGAGAAUGAGAUAAAGGCCUUGUUUUACAGUCCUCCAGUCGGACUGAAGGCCAAGUUGUUGAGCAGGGUUUCCACUUCUUGA